AUGCCGGGGACACUGGCAGAUGGACCUACGGUCUCCAUGUCUUGUAUGUCACUCGAUAUUAAUUCAAGCCGGCUUGCGCUAAUUGAUCAUAUAGUUGCCAACAACUUCUGGGGCAGAGACGAUGCAGGACUUCAACCAAUGUUGGAUCGCGUGCAUGGUUCCAAGAUCACAAAUGACGAACUUAAAGUCUUCUACAACAUACGAGCAUCUAUCGAAGAUGAAUACGCGCGCAAACUCCAAGCUCUCUGUCGCAAGUCAUUGGGGUCAUGCGAGAUAGGCUCACUCCGUAGCUCCCUUGAUGUGGUGCGCGGUGAGACCGAGGCAAUUGCCAAAGCACACGCCGCAAUCGCGGGACAAAUGAAGACCGAAUUGGAGGAGCCGCUAUCAGCAUUCGCGAGCGGUAUCAAGGAGCGACGAAAGAUUAUUCAACAAACCAUUGAGCGCCUACACAAGACAAAAAUGCAGCAAACACAAACUGUGAACAAGACGCGUGAUCGUUAUGAACAGGACUGUCUUCGUAUCAAAGGAUACCUUGCUCAAGGCCACAUGGUCAUGGGUCAAGAGGAGCGCAAGAAUAAGGCGAAGCUCGAAAAGACACAGGUUCAAAUGGCAUCCAACAGCAACGAAUACGAAGCUGCCGUCAAGACACUAGAGGAAACUACCGGGCGAUGGAACAAGGAGUGGAAGUCAGCUUGCGACAAAUUCCAGGAUCUGGAGGAGGAGCGGUUGGAUUUCACCAAGAGCAGUCUUUGGACUUAUGCAAACAUUGCUUCUACUGUUUGUGUCAGCGAUGAUGCUUCUUGUGAGAAGGUUCGUUUAUCUUUGGAGAAUUGCGAAGUGGAGAAGGACAUCCUCUUCUUCAUCAAGGAACAAGGGACCGGCCAGGAGAUCCCAGAUCCCCCGCGCUUCAUCAACUUCUGCAAGGAUGACGACUCGAGCUCUGAGAUGGACGAAGGCGAUGGAUACUCGGUGGCUCAGUUCCAGCGCACCAUGAACCCUGCGUUCCGCACAUCCUCGCCUCAGCCCUCUACAUUCGACUCGCACAAUGAUCCACAGUCAGAGCUGGCAGCCCAUAUGGGACACGCGGCUCCACCCCCUGAGACCCCCAAUGCCAGCGCAAAUGCCACCAACUCAAGCGCCACCCGCCCAGAUGCCUCCUCCGCAGAUGCCACCUCAAAUGCCGCCUGCUCAAAUGUCACCCGCCCAGAUGCCGCCUGCGCAGAUGCCUCCUCCACAGAUGCCUGCGCAAAUGCCACAACACCAUCCUCAACACCAGCAUCGCUCUCAACAGAGCAGCCUCACCAGCCGCAGCAGCCUGCACCCUUGGACUUCCGCCGUGGUGGCGCCCCUCCUCCAAACUAUGACCCUGAGCAACACGGGGAGAUUGGAGCUGUUCCUCACAAUGCGUACCCGACUGACGGUAUGACCAUGUUCUGCCGAGCGGGACCUCCAUCGGAGCGAAGCUCAGCUACCAGCGCCUAUCGCCCGUCCAGCCGUGACUCUCAAAGCGAAGUAUCCAAUCCUACCUCCAUGUCUAGUGUCGAGGCAACCCCCACCAAGAAGUCUAUCCCCAAACCAACAAACAGUGCUCCAUUGCCAAGCUCCGGGGAUGAAAAGUCACCCAAGAAGAAGAGCGCGUUCUUCAGCAACAGUCCUUUCCGUCGUAAGAGCCGUCACGAUAAGGAACGGCCUGUCAUCUCUUCGCAACACGCUGCCUCCUCUCCCCAGGCGACCAUUUCAAACUCGGCUCCACGGGGAGGCUGGGACUCACCAACUAAGCAAAUGAGCCCCACCAAGCAGGUCAGCCCACCAAAGCCUAUCAGUCCUCCUAAACAGGUCAGCGCGCCGAAGCCAGCUAGUCCACCCAAACAGGCGAGCCCGCCGAAACCAGUCAGUGCUCCCAAGCAAGUCAGUCCUCCCAAGCCAGUGAAUCCACCCAGACAGGUUAGCCCACCAAAGCAGGUUAGCCCUGUCAAGCCUAUCACAGGCGCUCCUGGUCGUCUUUCCGGAAGUCCAGAACCUGUUGAUCCUCGGGCCAACUUCCAACUCAACGUCGGAAACAAUGUCUUUGAUGUCGCCUCUCCAGAAAAGGACUCAUCUAACAAAUCCACACAGCCAGCUCAAGGUGCCGAUGAUGAUUUGGAUCCGAUUGCCCGGGCCUUGGCCGAUCUGAAGACAAGCGGCAAGCAAUCUGCCACUCGAGUAUCGGCAGAUAGGUACCACGGCAUCAGUACACCCACACCUUCAGCCCCUAACUCCACUUAUGGUGGUAGCAACGCCAGUGCCGCUGCUCCACCCGCAUACAAUGAUCCUGCUGUCAAGCGGCUAGGUGCACCCCAGCCAGCAUUCACCGCAAAGCAGAUGCAUAAGACAACUCAAAAGUACACUGGUCAAACCCAGAAUAUGUUCCGAGGUGCCAACAGCAGCAUGGGGUCUAGACAUAGCGGUCAGCCUCAAGAAGCUCCUCGGGCUAGGUCGCCUGCGCCUGCCCCGAGACGCAGCGUCAGCCCUCAGGUUGCAUCCCCUCGCGUUGAUACCCGGAUGAGCCAAAACAGUGGCAGAGGACCAAGUCCUAGCCCCAGCUCGUAUCAAUCCAACAGCAUGCGAAGCCAGUACAGCGCAUCACCCACCCCGCGUCGUACUCAGGAUCCACCCUACUCUCCCAACGAGUUUGCUCGCAGAGCCUCGCCUGCCAUGAGCCACCGUGCAGUCUCUCCCCAGCCCCAGUUCAGACAGCAAACCCGCCCUUCCAGUGCCGGCGGUAUGGAGCUACAGCUAUCUAAUAGCCAUGACAUGUACGGGGCCAGUAGUCCGGGAGGAUAUGCCGGUUCAGUUCGAUCCAGUGGUCGCCCAUCCUCUACCUAUGGAGACAGCGCUCCUCCUCUUGGUCGAUCCAGAAGCCGCACCAUGGCUGUUGCGGAGCCUGGGCGCAAAUUCAGCCGUGAUGGCCGACCAAUCUUGCAUUUCGCUCGUGCCAUGUACAGCUACAACGCUGCAAUUCCCGAAGAGCUCGGCUUCGGCAAAGGCGAUGUUCUUGGCGUUCUUCGCCUACAGGAUGAUGGAUGGUGGGAAGCAGAGGUCACUAACGCCCGCGGUCACCCGGGUCUUGUGCCAAGCAACUACCUCCAAAUCAUCUAA